AAACUUCAAACUAUGGAUAAACAAGUAUUGAAAGCAAUGUCUCAUCAUCUUUCUCCGGUUAGCUAUAAACGCGACGACUAUAUUGUUCGAGAGAACCAACCAGUUAGUAGGAUGUUCUUCAUCACGAGAGGAGAGGUAACAAAAAAUGAGAACCCUCCGGAAGCAAAUUUUAUUGGAGAAGAACUUCUUGAGUGGGUAUUGGAUAAGUCUUUUCCUACCAUAUUACCCUUGUCGACCUGCACUGUUAGAGUAGUCUCAAAUGAUGCCGAAGUCCUCAUUUUGAAGGCCAGGAUGUUGAAGAAUGUAGUCUCUAAGUUCAUGAAGCAUUUCAGCAAUUUCGCCUCUCUCUCAGAUAUCCAGUUAACUUGGCUAAAGAAAGUGGAAAUCUUUCAACAAAUGGAUGAACAAGUGUUGGAAGCAAUAUGCAAGUGCCUUAAGCACAUGAACUUCAAUGUUGCCAAGCGCCAUAUUCUUCAAGAGAAAAAACCACUUAAAAUGAUGUUCUUCGUCAUCCGAGGAGUUGUAUUAAUUGAAAGCGAUAGUGCUUUGGAAGAGAACGUUAAAAACACCUGUGAAAUAGGAAGUUUCUAUGGAGAAGAACUUGUACAAUGGGUUACAACUUGGGUACACAAGUCCUUUCCUGCCAAACUACCUUUAUCACCUGGUUCUGCGCUAUGUAGUGUGCGUGGUGGUCCUGUUGAAAUACUUGCUCUCAAAGCCGACGACUUGAAGAGUGUAGUCUCUGAAUUCAGGUCGAAAUUCAGCACGGAAACCACCCUGCCUACAGAUUCUGAUCAGCCUCGAGAACUGACCAUCCUAAAGAAUGUGGAAAUCCUUAAGACUAUGAAUGAGGAAGUGUUGAAAGAAGUAUCAUCAUCCCACAGCAACCAAAUACCACCAGAGAAGCCUACAGCAUCAGAAAUUUCAGCUUUAGGGAAGCCAAGUUGA